UGUUGCUUUUUGAUACUUAUUCGCUUGUAGAAGAAAUUUCUGUCAAGAAAAGAAAGUAUAAAAAAAUUAUGUUAAUUUAAAAAAAAAAAAAAACAGAGAUAAAAAGGAAGAGAGGAAGGGGAACGAAAGGAACCGAAGGAACCGAAAGUUGAUAAAUAGUUUGCAGCAGAAAUCAACAACUGAGCCGAUUCUUUUUCUCCAAAAUCUUCACAAGGGUUUAGGAAACAUGACAACUUUAGAGACGACUAAAAUGGGUGCCACUAAUAAGAUUCAGAGUUCAACUUCAUCGUUCAAAAGAUGGGGAAGGAGGCAUCCAUUUGUGCGAUAUGGGCUUCCCAUGAUUUCACUCACUGUUUUUGGUGCAGUAGGCCUUGGACAUCUCUUGCAAGGCAGCAAGGACAUUGCAAAGGUGAAAGACGAUCAAGAAUGGGAGAUCAUCGAGACAAGGAAGGCAUUGUCUAGAACAGGACCCUUAGAAGCUUACAAGCCCAAAAAGAUUUCAUUGGAAGAGGAGCUAAAGGCUUUGCAACAGAAAGUGGACAUAGACAAUUACGAGUACAAAAGAAUUCCCAAGCCAAAUGACGGCAAAUGAGGGUAGUCUCGAAGCUCGUUCUUCUGUCACUGUAUCGCAUUUGUUGAAUUCAAUAGUUACUGGUUUUGUUUUGAACCCAGAAGACAAUUACAUAAUGAAGGAUGUUUGCCUUCCA